AUGGACGUCAAGACUUUUUCCCUCGGAGACUUUGAGCUUCAGAAUGGCAAGGUCUUGCCAGAUGCGGUGAUUGCGUACAAGACUUUUGGCGAGGCUGGACUUCCGGCUGUGCUUUAUCCGAGUUGGUUCUCGGGUGCGAUAUCCGAUAAUGAGUGGCUUGUUGGGAAGGACAAGACUCUUGAUCCGGGGAGGUACUUUAUUAUCAUAACGGCUCUUUUUGGGAAUGGGCAGUCUACGAGUCCGUCAAACUCGGAUAUCAGUCCGUUUCCUGAUGUUUCGUUCUACGACAAUGUCAAGGCCCAGCAUCAAUUGAUGGGCCAUCUUGGAGUGAAGCAUCUACGGGCUGUUUUGGGUUGGUCGAUGGGUGCGGCGCAGACAUUUCAAUGGGCUACGCAAUACCCCGACUUUAUGGACAUUUGCGUCCCCUUCUGCGGAUCAGCCAAGACAUCUCUUCACAACCAAGUCUUUCUCGAGGGCGUCAAGUCAGCGCUCCUCGCAGCAAAGGGCUGCACAUCUGCAGGAAGUAUCCAAGGACGCGUCGAAACCACAGACAGAAAAUGGACCGAGAAAGAGAAAGACGUUGGCUUGAAGGCUUUUGGGAGGGGCUAUGCAGGCUGGGGUUUCUCGCAGGCGUUCUACCGACAUGAAUUGUUCAAGAAGCAUUACGGCGCGGCGGAUCUUGAAGAGUUUAUGAAGAAUUUCUGGGAGAAGUGGGCGCUUAGCAAAGACCCUGAGAAUCUGCUCGUAAUGCUUCACACGUGGCAGGCGGGAGAUGUGAGUAAGCAGGAGCCGUAUGAUGGGGAUUUUGAGAAGGCGAUGAGGGGGGUCAAAGCGAGGAUCUUGGUUCUUCCUAGCAAGACGGAUCUCUACUUUCCGCCCGAGGACUCAGAGUAUGAGGUUCAGUGCAUGGGAGACAAUGCGAGUCUGGAUGUUUACCCUUCUAUUUGGGGACAUUGGGCUGGUGGACCGCCUGGGAACAUGGAGGAUGUGAAAUGGUUGGAUGAGAGAUUGAGAAAGGUCUUUGAUGAGGCUCCUCGUAGAGAUGUCAGUUGA